CAAGUAUUUUUUACAGAAACUUCUGCCGAAGAUACUAUAGUGGUGGACAAAGAUGAACAUAUUACUUUAAUAGGCAUAAACCGGGCGCGACAGCGUAAUGCUAUAAACUUUGAGACAGCCGAGAAGCUGUCAAUGGCUUUGAGUGAUUUCGAGGCAGACCCGAGUUCUCCGGUGGCCGUACUUUACGGUAUAGGUGGUUCAUUUUGUGCCGGCUACGAUAUAAACGAACUUGAGUCUCAAUGUGAAAAGGGUAGCUUAGACUUUUUGUUACGUCAUGAAGGUUCUGUGGGGCCCACGCGUCGGCAUUCGGCAAAGACUUUAAUAUGUGGUAUUAGUGGCUUUUGUGUGUCCAGUGGUUUGGAAUUGGCUUUAAUGUGCGAUUUAAGGGUAAUGGAAGAAACCGCCAUAUUAGGCUUCUUCAACAGACGUUUUGGUGUACCUAUGAGUGAUGGCGGCACUGCACGCCUAGCCUCUAUGAUAGGAUAUUCAAGAGCUUUAGAUCUUUUGAUAAGUGGACGUCGCAUCACCGGAAAUGAAGCUUUAGAAAUUGGUCUAGUAAAUCGUUUGGUGGCAACCGGUACUGCUUUAGGUCAAGCAGUUAAUUUAGCUUUUUCCAUUGCCAAAUUCCCUCAAGCUUCUAUAACCCAAGAUCGUAAUGCUCUCUAUACCAAUACAUAUACUCGUCAUGGUUUCCGAACUGCCAUGCAAACGGAAGUUAUGAAUACUUCAAGAGAAGUUUUGGCUGAACUUAAGGAAGGUGUACAACGUUUUAAGAAAUCUGAAAGCAAAGGCUCUAAAACCGAUUCAUUCCAAGUGAAACCAAAACCCAUACCAGAUUGGGAAAAAUCGGAAAUUGAACAUGAAAACAAAACAAAGAAUCAGUAAGCUGUGUAACUGGAUGCAAUUUAGCUUGUUUAGCAUUUUUUAAUAAAGUAAAUUUUGUAAAAUUAUUAUUAUUUAUUUGUUGAAGAUGCACUUUAAAAGUCGCAUUCUUAUUGCACUGUAAUGAUUUAUUUUUAUAAUGUUAUUUUAAGUACAUAUUUUUAACUUAUUCUCUGAGAAUUAAUAUUAAUAUAACAGUUUCACAUUAAAAAAUUCUGUAGCAAAUUAUGAUAAUAAAAGUGAUUCUAAAAUUAUA